GACAAACAGACGUAAAUCUCUUUUUAAUUCCAUCAAUCAGGAAUAUAACGGCUGAUUUGAAUUUAAACUUAGUUCUCGGAUUAUCCACCAGAAUAGGAUGGCGCUGCAAUCAAGGCACACUUUCAAAUGACGUUUAAGCUAGCGCGCCAAAAGUUUUGUUUUUUUUCUGCUGCUACUUGAGUGUGAGGAUGGACCAGUUUGGAGAAGAUUGGCCGGUGAAAUUUUUGGAUCCGGACUCGCCUCCGGGUGUGGAUUCCGCUGAACGGUCUGUUGAGCAUUUAGAUAAUCCUCAAUCCUUCCCGGCCGAACCGUUAGAAGAAGAGACGCCGGAUUGGUUUGAAAGUUUUAUCACAAAACACGAGCUACAGGAUGAAGAUAUGCCGGAUGCGAACUGCGGAAGUCUACUGCUAGACCGACACGAGCCACUGGACGAAGAAAUGCCGGAAGCUACGAGUAACGAUUCCGGUGUUCUGAACAUCGGAAGAUUCUUAGGCAAUUCCAACAACGAGACGCCGUCCCAUUCAGCUGAUUUUGUUAUUUCAUCCGUCGGCGUUGAUGGUGUACCCCAACUUGACCAGGUGAAUGUGUUAGGCAAUGCAGUGUCCACCGGAAUCGCCUCGCCAACCUCGAGCACGCAAGAGACCGCGAGAAUCUUGACUCCGUCGUGGUUCUCAAAUCCGGCCUUCGUGAAUGAAGCGAAUUGUCUCUGUACAUAAAUGAUUUUUCACGUUCACCGAAUCGCCGAUUUUGGUCUCCAGGAAAGCUGGAUGGCAGAAACUGGCCACUGGUAAGGUUGAAGAUGUAGGUAUAGACCGUCGACAACAAGGUCAACCUGGUCUCAUACGAUUAUUUGGUUGCUUGCAUGUGGACUAAAUUGCUUGCCGAGAAGGUAGCUUAACCUCACGCUAAGAAAUUUAUUAUUUAAACUCAUGGCC